GGCUGAGGGAGCGGCUGGCAGCAGCGCAGCCCUGGGAGACCGAGCGGAGCGGAGCCUGCAAGGGGCGCCGCCAUGGAAGCCUAAAGCAACCCCCACCCCUCCCGCCUGUGCACACACCUCGGUUUAGCGUGGCUUCGCCUCGGCGGAAACAUCUGGAGGACCUCUCCGCCCACCGCAAGACCGCAAGGACACGCCACCAGGCGGAGAGGGGGCGGCGGUGGAGGAGGGGGGGACCAGCCAGAGGGUCCCCCCCAGGAAGCGAGAGCAUGUGCUGAGCGGCUCCCAUCGGUGGCAGUGCAGCCAGUGAUGGUGCCCAGCACCCCCGACGAUGCCCCAGAGCCCCGAGUCAAGUGCGGAGGAGGAGGAGCACCUCUCCCAGUGCCCCGAGGGGGAGUCGGGCUCGGAGAGCUCCCACGAGGGGCCCAGCUCCCCGGCCAGCCCUGCUAACCCUGCCCACAUUCGCUCCAUGAAGGUACCCGACGACGCCCACUUCAGUAUGAUGGUCUUCCGAAUUGGCAUUCCUGACCUGCAUCAGACGAAAUGCCUACGUUUCAACCCUGAUGCUGCCAUUUGGGUGGCAAAGCAACAGAUCCUGUGUACUCUCAACGAAAGCCUCAAGGAUGUCCUAAACUAUGGACUCUUCCAGCCAGCCACCAAUGGGCGAGAUGCUAAGUUCCUAGAUGAGGAGCGCCUCUUGCGCGAGUACCCACAGAGUUUUGAGAAAGGAGUGCCCUACCUAGAGUUCCGCUACAAAACCCGAGUUUACAAGCAGACCAACUUGGAUGAGAAGCAGCUGGCAAAACUCCACACGAAGGGCUGUCACUGGCAAAUCUUUCCCCAGACGGGGUUGAAGAAGUUUCUGGAAUACGUGCAACAUGGAGCAGCAGAGAAAGUGGCAAGACUCCUGGACAAAGGGCUGGACCCCAACUAUCAUGAUUCCGACACUGGCGAGACGCCUUUGACUUUAGCUGCUCAGUUGGAUGGGACCAUUGACGUGAUUCGGCUGCUAUGCCUUGGAGGUGCCCACAUAGACUUCCGGGCAAGGGACGGAGCCACAGCGCUGCACAAAGCCGUGUGCUCACAUCACUACCCAGCCCUCAUGGCACUCUUAGAUCUUGGGGGCUCACCCAAUUACAAGGACCGCCGUGGGCUGACUCCACUCUACCACACAGCCAUGGUUGGAGGUGACCCACGCUGCUGUGAACUCCUGCUCUACAAUCGGGCCCACAUUGGCACCACUGAUGAGAACGGUUGGCAAGAGAUACACCAGGCCUGCCAACAUGGACACUCUCAACACUUGGAACACCUGCUGUUCUACGGCGCUGAGCCAGGUGCACAGAAUGCAUCCGGGAAUACAGCACUGCACAUCUGUGCACUCUAUAACAAGGAGAGCUGUGCCCGCAUCCUGCUGUAUCGGGGAGCAAACAAAGAGAUCAAGAACAAUCAUGGUCAGACUGCCUUCCAGGUGGCAGUUAUUGCAGGAAACUUUGAGCUGGGAGAACUGAUCAAGAGCCACCGGGACUCAGAUGUGGUCCCUUUCCAGGAGACCCCACAAUAUGCCAGCCGACGCCGGGAUGGCUCCCAGGGCCUGACAGUACCACAUACCUUGCUGCGAGCCAAUAGUGACACCAGCAUGAAUAUCCCUGAGUGGAUGCUUUAUGCCCCUCCGUCCACUACAUCGGCGACUGUAGCCGUGCAGAGCCAGAAAGUCACCACAGGCACCCUGCGCAGUUCCAGCAGUCCCCGUGGUGCUCGCAGCCGCUCCCCAUCACGUGGGCGCCACACAGAAGAGGCAAAGAGACAGCGCGGUCGACCCAGCUCCAGUGGCUACCAGAAGGAGUCCACUGGAGGCAGCACGCUGAGUAGCCGGGGAGUGAAGCGGAAACUCUAUUCGGCGGUGCCUGGCCGCACAUUCAUGGCUGUGAAACCAUACCAGGCCCAGGCCGAGGGUGAGCUCUCCAUCAGCAAGGGCGAGAAGAUCAAGGUGCUGAGCGUUGGGGAAGGCGGCUUCUGGGAGGGACAGGUAAAGGGCCGCAUGGGCUGGUUCCCCUCAGACUGUGUGGAGGAAGUACCCAACAAGUCACAGGAAGGGAAACAAGAAAGCCGCAGUGAUAAAGCCAAACGACUCUUCAGGCACUACACAGUGGGCUCCUAUGACAGCUUUGAUGCCCCCAGUGACUACAUCAUUAAAGAGAAGACGGUGCUGCUGCAGAAGAAGGACAACGAAGGCUUUGGCUUUGUGCUAAGAGGGGCCAAGGCGCAGACCCCAAUUGAGGAGUUCACACCCACCCCUGCUUUCCCUGCCCUACAGUACCUGGAGUCAGUGGAUGAAGGUGGCGUGGCCUGGCGUGCCGGUCUGCGCAUGGGAGAUUUCCUCAUAGAGGUAAAUGGACAAAACGUGGUGAAAGUUGGUCACCGGCAGGUUGUCAACAUGAUUCGCCAGGGCGGCAACAACUUGAUGGUGAAAGUUGUCAUGGUAACACGGAACCCAGAGAUGGAAGAGGCCAUGAGGAAGAAAGCAGCUGCACCUCAGCAGGCAAGACGACUGCCCCCUCCAGCCAUCUCCCUGCGCUCCAAAUCCAUGACAUCUGAGUUGGAGGAAAUGGUGGAGAAAGUCUCCCCCUGGAAGAAGAAAACAGAUUACGAGCCAGCGAUGGGCACUGAUAAGAAGCGGACUGUCUAUCAGAUGGCUUUGAACAAAUUGGAUGAAAUCCUGGCAGCUGCUCAGCAAACGAUCAAUGUUGGAGAUGGAUGUGGAAGUGGAGGGCUUCCUUCUUUGGGGAAGUCUCGGGGUGCUGCCAAGAGCUACUUCUCUGAGCCCAGCUUUGAACAGCACCGUCCUGGCCAGGCUACUUAUGAGCGCCCAGCCUACUUACCAACCAGUCACCCUGCAGGCAUCAUGCUCCGCCAGAAAUCUAUUGGAGCCGCCGAGGAUGACAAGCCCUACCUCGCCCCCCCUGCCAUGAAGUUCAGCCGCAGCCUGUCCGUCCCUGGUUCGGAUGACAUCCCGCCACCUCCCACCACUUCCCCGCCUGACCCCCCGUACAGCAGCACCUCGCCCUCUGCGUCGGGACGUGCCACUCCCUCGGCUCGCUCGACCUUCAACCCCAGUGCUGAGGCGAAGCUGUAUUCUGCCUCCCUGCACCAGGAGCCCUCGUACGAGCUGCCCCCGCGCGUCCGCGACAAGAUGUCCCUCUAUCGCCAGGAGUCGGAGCAGGGAGCUGAGGGGUCCACUGCCCGCGGGUGGCGGGGCCACACCCCUGACCUGCGCUACUACAACCUGCCCCCCCGGGCCACCAACACUGCCAUGUACGUCCCCACCAAGCCCAUGCGCCGGAAGGGGCCGCUGGUCAAGCAGACCAAGGUGGAGGACGAGCAGCGGCAGCAGCAGAGCACCCCGGCGCCACAGAUGCAGCCCCCGCCCUCCUCGCAGCCUGUGGCGUCCACGCCGCCGGAGAAGAGCUCCAUCCCGAUCCCCACCAUCAUCAUCAAGGCCCCCUCGACGAGCAGCAGCGGGCGCAGCAGCCAGGGAAGCAGCAUGGAGGCCGAGAGCCAGCCGGAGCCAGUGGUGCCCGUCCCCUCGCUCCAGCUGCACAACAGCAUGGAUUUCACCAGCCAGUUUGGGGCCGCCCUGGUGGGGGCAGCCCGGCGAGACCGCGAGUGGUACAGCGAGGCCCGCCGCAAGUCCGCGCUCUUCCUCUCCACGGAGCAGCCGGAUGACGACUCCCAGCAGGCGCCCAUGCCCCGCCUCCGCCACUCCAAGUCCAUCGAUGAAGGCAUGUUCUCCAGCGAGCCGUACAUCCAGCUCAACAUGGCAUCUGGCUUUGCUGGGGGCGGUGCCGGGGGUGUGGGCGGAUCCGGUUACCUCCCGUCUCGGGCCACGAAAACCUACGGAGCCAGCACCACCAGCGCCUUCACCUCCGUGUGCUCCAGUUUCCUGCCACAGCUCCAGUCCCAUUCAGCGCCUCUCAUUCACCCACUGACAGGCAAGAUUUUAGACCCAGGGUCCCCCCUGGGGCUGGCUUUGGUGGCUCGUGAGCGGGCCUUAAAGGAGUCCCAGUCACAGCAGGAGAGCCGAGAAGACCGGCACUCUCGCCCCUCCUCACCCCGGUUUGGGGAGGCUCCAAAACCCCCCGAAUCUCCCGGCAGCUCCAUCCUGCGCCUCUGGGGGACGCCGGAUCAGCAGCAUCACCACCACCACCAGCAGCGGCCCGCCUCGCCCCGGAAGGAACCGGAGAGCCCCCGGCAUCCCUCCCCGGAGCAGCAGCCCCCCUCCUUGGCCAAAGCGGUCCCUUGGGAGAAGCGGCCCGAGGAGGGCGAGAAGCUGGAGCUGCACGUGCGCUUUGUGGAGAACUGCCGCCCAGGAGAGGAGGAGGAAGUGGGUCACGAGGGUGGGAAGGCGGAGGUGCCCGCCGCACCCCCGGAGCGUGUGGCCGAAGAGAAUGGGCUCCCCUUGCUGGUGCUGCCCCCGCCUGCGCCAUCCAUCGACGUCGAUGAUGAGUUCGUCUUCACGGAGCCGCUCCCGCCGCCCCUCGAGUUCUCCAACAGCUUUGAUAAGCCGGAGUCCCCUCCCAAAGCGGCUAACGAGCUGCCCCCAGCAAUGGCCCCUCCCUCGGCUCCCCCUGCCCCGGCCGCCUUGGACUCCACGGCUUCGAGCCUGACAUCCUACGACAGUGAGGUGGCCACCCUGACCCAAGUGGGGACGGCGGAAACCAAGGAAGCCCCCCAUGUCAACUUCUCCUCCGUCGUCUCCUCCAUCGCCAUCCCUGCUGCAGAGGCCCCCGAGGCCGUGACUGACUCGGGAAUUGAGGAGGUGGACAGUCGGAGCAGCAGCGACCACCACUUGGAGACCAUCAGUAGCGUGUCCACCCUCUCCAGCAUGUCAGGAGAAGGCACCGAACUCCUGGACACGUACAUCACCUAUCUGGACGGGCAGGCCUUCGGGGGCAGCGCCGGAGGAGGGGGGGUCGGGGGCGGCGGCGGCACCGAGAAAAGCCCGCUGCAGGCCAAGCUGCGCUCCCGGCCCUUCCCGGGCCGCCUGCCCGUGGCCACGCCCACCAGCUCCACCAUCUCGGUCUCCUCAUGCACUGAGAACAUGUUUGCCCUCACGCCCGCCCCGCCCUACCACCAGCAGCCGGCGGCCGCCGAGCCGGGCAAAGAGCUGCAGCAGAAAUCGCCGCUGCCCUGGGAGGAGUCCAAGGCCUCCCCGAUGUCCUCCAUGAAGGCCAGCAUCAUCAGCGAGCUGAGCACCAAGCUGCAGCAGAUGGGCGGCGUGUCGUGGUCACGACCCCCCGAUGCGGUAGCCCCCUUUGGUUCUGAGAGGCCCAGCUCCUUGCAGAGGCAAAGGCUCCCUGAUGAGACCUCCCCAUCACUGAUCUCCUCCAAGCCCGUAAGCAGCCUUUUCCACAACUGGCCGAAGUCCCCCCAGGGCAGCAAGCACCCCAAAAGCGUGGAGUUUGACAUCCGCCCAGCCCUGCGGCGUGCGCCCAGCCCAGCCGCCCUGCCCAGCGAGCACAAAAUUAGCCCUGCCCCGAGGCCUUCUUCCCUUCCUAUCCUGCCUUCUGUGCCCCUCUACACUGGCGUUUUCGAUCUCCGCGGCUCACCCACGUCGGGGGGUGAGCACCCUUUCCCUGGCUUCCCUUCAGGCAGCCGCUCCUUGUCUCCGACCCACUUCCUACCACCUGCCACGGACAAGGCAUUCGGCUCCAAGCCACUGCCUUUCUGGACCAAAUAUGACGUGGCCGACUGGCUGGAGUACCUGAAGCUGGGGGAGCACCGUGACCGGUUCCUGGACAACGAAAUCGAUGGCUCCCACCUGCCUUCUCUCACCAAGGAAGACUUCAUUGACCUGGGCGUGACACGAGUCGGGCACCGCAUGAACAUCGCCCGUGCCCUCAAAUUCUUUCUGGAGAGGUGAUGUGGGGGAACUGCCCUGCCCUGGGAAGCCCCUCACCUGAAUGUACGAUGGAUCCCCGCCACUGGGGAGAACAGCGGAGGUGGAGGGUUGCAGCUAUGGGGCCGGGCACAAGGGAAGCUGCAAAGAGAGACCCUGUGGGGUCCGGGUAGGGUGGGGAUGCCCCCCUGGCAGAGAGACACUGGGAGAAGCUCACCAAAGCCUGCUUGGGCACCCUCGCGGGUGUGCACUUUUCUCCUUUGCGUUGCCAUGUAGCAGUUUAUCCAUUCCGCUCAUCCCGACAUGUGGCACCGGCCACUUCUGUAUGGACAUUGAAUGUGGGUGACACGAUAUAUGUGUGUGUAUCUGUAGACGUAUACUCACACGUCAUCCCCCACUGGCAUUGCUGCUUGCUUUGAUGCCCUCCCUGCUCGUGCCUGCACGUGUGCACCAUCCUCCAUGUUGCCGCUUGUGUUGACUUGGCAGCUGCCGCCGGCACAUCGUCUCAUCGAACCAUGUAACGGCUUGCCCCAUGCAUCAUCUCGGUUAACACGAUUGUUGCGGACUUUAAAAAGAGGGAAGAGACA